CGCUGAAAAGGAAACACCGCCGUCCCACUUCCACGCCGCCGUCCGCUUCCUACCCGUCCUCUUUCGUGGAGUCAAUAUCAGAAUCCCAGGAAGAGGAGCGCGACGCUAUCUGUCAGGUACGCACAUGCGCGAGCAAGAGAGGAAACACGUGGACACAUGAGUGACACGAGGACACGACCUCACAUGGUCCGUCCAUAUUGUGGAUGUUGGCUUCUCUCUCUUCAUGUCAUGUGUGUGUUGUUUCACCAGGCUCCCCGUUCCUGCGUGUCUGACAUCCAUCCAUCCAUCUCCUCAUCUGCCCGUCUGUGUGUCUGUUUGAGCAAAGGACUGUCGCCAUGGCUGACGGCUGGGACGCUGAGAAGGUCUUCAACUCGUCUGUGUUCGGCUUCACGUACGAUGACGUCAUCAUGAUGCCGGGCCACAUCGACUUCGGCAUCGACGAGGUGGAUCUGUCGACCAACGUGACCAAGAACAUCAUGAUCAAGACGCCCAUCCUGUCGUCGCCCAUGGACACCGUCACCGAGUCCAACAUGGCCAUAUCCGUGGCCCUCAUGGGCGGCCUCGGCGUCAUCCACAACAACAACACCGUCGAGGAGCAGGUUGCUGAGGUCCGCAAGGUCAAGCGGUUCGAGAACGGCUUCAUCAUGGACCCUUUCUGUCUCGCACCAGACAGCACCAUCACAGAUAUCGACAAAAUCAAGGUCAGUCACGGCGUCAGGCCGAGAGCGAGAGAGGGGAUGGGCACACCACCCCCCUUCCUUUAUGUAUCAUCUGGUGUGUCUGUGUGUGUAUGUGCGUUCAGGAGAAGUUCGGUUAUUCGUCAGUGCCGAUAACGGAGAACGGUCAGAUCGGGUCCAAGUUGGUGGGCAUCGUGACGAGCCGCGACAUCGACUUCAUCAAGGACCGGUCCCUCAAGCUGUCCCAGGUCAUGACGCGAGACUGCAUCAUCGGAUACGAGCCCAUCACCCUCAACGAGGCCAACAAAAUCCUUCGCGAGAGCAAGAAGGGCAAGCUCCCCAUCGUCAACGAAGACCACGAGCUCGUCGCCCUCAUCUCCCGCAACGACCUCAAGAAGAAUCGCGACUACCCCACGGCGUCCAAGGAUGCCAACAAGCAGCUGCUGGUGGCGGCGGCGACGUCCACAAAACCCAAGGACGCCGAGAGGGCCAAGGCGCUGAUCGAGGCUGGGGUGGAUGUGAUUGUCAUCGACUCGUCGCAGGGAAGCUCCACCUUCCAGGUCGACCUCAUCAAGCGCAUCAAGGCCGACUUCCCGGAUGUCGACAUCAUCGGGGGCAACGUCAUCACAGCGAGACAAGCUAAGGUACACACACCACACACACACACUCACACACGAGGGAGGGAGGGAGGGAGGGAGAAAGAACCACACGAUAUCCCACCCACUGUUGUACCUGUGUGUGUCCUGUCAUGCCUCAUUCAGGUGUUGAUAGAUGCGGGUUGCGACGGUCUUCGUAUCGGCAUGGGUUCAGGGUCCAUCUGCACGACCCAGGAGGUCUGUGCGGUGGGCCGCGCCCAGGCGACGGCCGUGUACCAGGUGGCCAAGUACGCCCGCGAGUACGGCGUGCCGUGCAUUGCCGACGGCGGCAUCCAGAACAGCGGCCACAUCAUGAAGGCCUUGGCCUUGGGCGCAUCGGGCGUCAUGGUGGGGUCGCUCUUUGCCGGCACGGAGGAGGCGCCGGGCAACUACUACUUCCAGAACGGUGUGCGUGUCAAGACCUACAGGGGUAUGGGCAGCCUCGAGGCCAUGGAGAAGGCCCAGGGCGCCAUGACGCACGGGUCGCAGGGCAGGUACUUCGCCGAGGACGCCAAGGUGCGGGUGGCCCAGGGGGUCAGCGGCGCUGUGGUCGACAAGGGGUCGGUCAAGACGCUCAUCCCGUACGUCAUCCAGGGCGUCAAGCACGGCAUGCAGGACAUGGGCAACCACACCGUGACCGAGCUGCACAACGGCCUCUACAGCGGCCACACGCGCAUGGACAUCAGAUCGGGGGCGGCACAGAGGGAGGGAGGCGUGCACGACCUUCUGAGUUACGAGAAGCGACUAUUCAGCGUCGUCAGGGACUAACCCACUCACUCACUGGGUUGGGAGGCGGGAGAGGGCGUUACAUGGGGGGUGGAUGGAUGGAUGGCGUCGCAUUCCCUUCUAUCGCGGCUGUUGUUCGUUCAUUCAUGGGUUGCUUUGAGGGCGGGUGGGCGUGGUUUCUCCUCGGUGUGAAGGACAGGCAUGACUGCGGUGGCAGCCAGCCAGCCAUGGUCAGUGAGUUUUCUUGGGCCAACCAACUAGCGAGCGUAUGCAGUCAACUAGUUGUGUUUAUGAGUGUCUCUCUCGGCCUUCCCUGAGUGUCCCCUCUCACCCUCUGUGUGGGCGCAGCGGUGUCUCUCUCUGUCUUGUGCUGCAUCUGCGUGCGUGUCAGUUGCGCGUAUUUCUCGACGGAUGGAGCCUGGCCUGGCUUCAUGUUUUCCCCCCAGUAAGGUGUGUGUGUGUGUGCAUGUGAUGGUGAGUGAGACCUUGGUGCAUGCUGUGUUGUUAACAGACUUGUGAUCCACUUUACGUACGUAUUGUGAAAUGGUGUGUGCCAG